GGGUCAGUGGACACCACAGGGAUUGCUGUUGGCAGAGGGACACGUGAAUGGCAGUUGGCCUGGGAGCCAGCAUGUGUCUUGAAGGCAUCACGUCCUGCAAAGUCCAGGUGAGGCCUGGGCAGUGCCUGCCGUGUGGGACCACAGCCCCUGGUGGCUCUCAGUUGUGUCCUGACACCCAAAGAAGGUCUUAGUACCUCUCACCGACCUAAUUCCUGAGCCACCUAACCCCAAAUGAGCUAGAAUUGCCUUCCCAACCGUGUUUGCGGGGUCUGUCUUGUCUAUUGCAGUGCAAACUGGUUCCUGAGCACGCAGGAGAGCAGAGGAAGGACAGACAGACGGAUGGAUGGAUGAAUGAAGGCGGGAAGCAUAGGCUGAGGGGAUUUAGGGCGUGUGUGGUGAGGAUGCUGUGGAGAGGAGACCACACAGGCAGGAGCUGAGCUGGUGAAAGGGAGGGUUCUAGCUCCCAGGAGAAGGGUCUGGGCCAUUGGCAGGAGGGGCUUGUCCUAGGAGGUGGGUGGUCCAGAGGUUGAAAGGAGCAGAGGAGCCCAGAUGGGGAAGGGAAUGGAGCUGGGGUGGAGAGAGGAGCCCCCACACGACUGCCCACCUCCUGCGCAGGGCCUGGGACUCUGGGUGGUGGGAAGAGGCAGUUUCGUGGCAGAGAGGGAGGCCCGGGCCCCUGUAGCCUGGACUCUGUGGAUCUGGCCAGGGACUGGGGAGGAUCAGGUGGAGGGAGGAGCAGGAGAGCAGCUGCCCCUUAUCCCAGCACAGGGGGCGAUGGGAGCCCAGGGAAGGCAGGACCCUGGCUUCGGGCCUCCGCAGGCAUUUUCUCUGCUAGAAUCUCUCGCUACCUCUCUCCCUUCACCUUCUCCUCCAAGUCCCACCCAGAUGCUGCUUCUGUGAGUUGCCAUGGGGAUUCUCUCACCACACCCCCCACCCCCCACAGGGGAGGCCUGUUCCAGGAGUCACUGGGCAGGGGCUGCUGCUGCUGCCCUUCUAUGCCCCACCCCUCAGAUGUGCCGCUGCAGCCCCGGUCUUUGGUAUCGGCCGUCACCUGGUGGAGAGGCUGCCGGAGCUGGCCAAGCAGAGGGAGGCCGAUGGUGUCACUUGGUGUCUCCUCUGGCGUAUGGGCAGGAGAUUUCUCCCCAGAGGCCCCGGGCUGGUGUUUGUCUGCCCCUGUGUCACAGGAGGACUCACCUCUGGUCCCUCAGUGGCCUCUGCAAACCCUGAGCCAGCCUGGGGGAGGCUGCUCAGUGGGGAAGAAGCAGUAGCCAGGCUCUGCUUGGUCACCUUGCCCUCCUGUCAGCCUCCAGGGCUGCUUUGUCACACCUGCCCAGGGACCCAGCAGCCGGUCCUCACCCCUCCCAUCCUCAGUGCAGACACCCUGGGGCAUUCUGAGGCCCUGCACCCAGCACCGCCCCUUCAAGCCUCCCACAGGGUCCCGCCCAGGACUACUGGGCUCUGUGUCCUCGGGGCCAUCUAGAAACACUCCCUUGUCCCCCCUUCAGCAGCGUAGUACGUGUUGCCCGCCAUUUGAGGGAGGUGCAGGUGCCAAUCCUUCACGUGACGUGAUGUGGUUCACCACAGCCUGUGUACAUGUGAGCAGCCGCGUGCAGAGGGGAAGCUCUCCCGGGCCUCGGGGACUGUGACAUGGAGCAGGAGCCGCCCCCAGCCAGGCUGCUUUCAGCACAGCGUGGGCCCCCAGCACCUUUGUGCGGGGUGUGGCCCCUCGGAGGAGGGCUGUCAGGCGAAGCCUCGUAUGAGGGGGUGCCUCGGGAACCCUGAAGCUGGGCUGAGCCAUGAUGCUGCUGCCAGAACCCCUGGAGAGGGCCUGGUUUCAGGAGACUCAGAGUCCUCUGUGAAAAAGCCCUUGGAGAGCACCCCAGCAGGGCUGCACUUGGCUCCUGUGAGGAAGGGGCUUAGGGGCCUGGGCCCCUCCGCCUGGGCCAGGCUGGGAGCCAGGUGGGCGGCUGGGCUGCAGCGAUGGACCGUGAGCUGGCCCAGCCCGCGUCCGUGCUGAGCCUGCCUGUCUGUGGCCGUGCCCAUCAUGGGCUCCUCGGUGUACAUCACAGUGGAGCUGGCCAUUGCUGUGCUGGCCAUCCUGGGCAACGUUCUGGUGUGCUGGGCCGUGUGGCUCAACAGCAACCUACAGAAUGUCACCAACUACUUCGUGGUGUCGCUGGCGGCGGCCGACAUCGCAGUGGGCGUGCUCGCCAUCCCCUUUGCCAUCACCAUCAGCACCGGGUUCUGUGCUGCCUGCCACGGCUGCCUCUUCAUUGCCUGCUUUGUCCUGGUCCUCACGCAGAGCUCCAUCUUCAGCCUCCUGGCCAUCGCCAUUGACCGCUACAUCGCCAUCCGCAUUCCGCUCCGGUACAAUGGCUUGGUGACUGGCACAAGGGCUAAGGGCAUCAUUGCCAUCUGCUGGGUGCUGUCGUUUGCCAUCGGCCUGACUCCCAUGCUGGGUUGGAACAACUGCGGUCAGCCAAAGGAGGGCAAGAACCACUCCCAGGGCUGCGGGGAGGGCCAGGUGGCCUGUCUCUUUGAGGAUGUGGUCCCCAUGAACUACAUGGUGUACUUCAACUUCUUUGCUUGUGUGCUCGUGCCCCUGCUGCUCAUGCUGGGUGUCUAUUUGCGUAUCUUCCUGGCGGCACGACGACAGCUGAAGCAGAUGGAGAGCCAGCCUCUGCCAGGGGAACGGGCACGGUCCACACUGCAGAAGGAGGUUCAUGCUGCCAAGUCGCUGGCCAUCAUUGUGGGGCUCUUUGCCCUCUGCUGGCUGCCCCUACACAUCAUCAACUGCUUCACUUUCUUCUGCCCCGACUGCAACCACGCCCCUCUCUGGCUCAUGUACCUGGCCAUCGUCCUCUCCCACACCAAUUCGGUUGUGAAUCCCUUCAUCUACGCCUACCGUAUCCGCGAGUUCCGCCAGACGUUCCGCAAGAUCAUUCGCAGCCAUGUCCUGAGGCAGCAAGAACCUUUCAAGGCAGCUGGCACCAGUGCCCGGGUUUUGGCAGCUCAUGGCAGUGAUGGAGAGCAGGUCAGCCUCCGUCUCAACGGCCACCCGCCGGGAGUGUGGGCCAACGGCAGUGCUCCCCACCCUGAGCGGAGGCCCAAUGGCUAUGCCCUGGGGCUGGUGAGUGGAGGGAGUACCCAAGAGUCCCAGGGGAACAUGAGCCUCCCAGAUGUGGAGCUCCUUAGCCAUGAGCUCGAGGGAGUGUGCCCAGAGCCCCCUGGCCUAGACGACCCCCUGGCCCAGGAUGGCGCAGGAGUGUCCUGAUGAUCCACGGAGUUUGCCCCUUCCUAAGGGAAGGAAAUCUUUAUCUUUCUGGUUGGCUUGACCAGUCACGUUGGGAGAAAAGAGAGAGUGCCAGGAGACCCCGAGGGCAGCCAGUUCCUACUUUGGACUGAGAGGAGGGAGCCCCAGGCUGGAGCAGCAUGAGGCCCAGCAAGAAGGGCUUGGGGUCUGAGGAAGCAGACGUUUCAUGCUGUGAGGCCUUGCACCAGGUGGGGGCCACAGCACCAGCAGCAUCUUUACAGGGCAGGGCCCAGCCCUCCACUGCAGAAGCAUCUGGAAGCACCACCUUGUCUCCACAGAGCAGCUUGGGCACAGCAGACUGGCUUGGCCCUGAGGCUGGGGAGUGGCUCCAACAGCCUCCUGCCACCCACACACCACUCUCCCUAGACUCUCCUAGGGUUCAGGAGCUGCUGGGCCCAGAGGUGACAUUUGACUUUUUUCCAGGAAAAAUGUAAGUGUGAGGAAACCCUUUUUAUUUUAUUACCUUUCACUCCCUGGCUGCUGGGUCUGCUGUCGGUCCUGCUGCUAAACCUGGCACCAGAGCCUCUGCCCGGGAGCCUCAGGCAGUCCUCUCCCGCCGUCACGACUGCCAUCCACUUCUCAGUCCCAGGGCCAUCUCUCGGAGUGACAAAUCUGGGAUCAAGGACAGGGAGUUGUAACAGAGCAGUGCCAGAGCAUGGGCCCAGGCCCCAGGGGAGAGGUUGGGGCUGGCAGGCCACUGGCAUGUACUGAGUAGCACAGAGCUACCCGGUGAGAGGCCUUGUCUAACUGCCUUUCCUUCUAAAGGGAAUGUUUUUUUCUGAGAUAAAAUAAAAAUGAGCCACAUCGUGUUUUAAGCUUGUCCAAAUAAGAA